AUAGGAAAAUCAACUAGACCGGUUAUAACUUGUAAGUAGCAAAAUUCGUAUUAUUAAAUACUAAAUAAAUAUAUUAAAAUAUUGAAAUUUUAUAAUAAGGAGGGGAAAAAAAACGAAAGAAAAAAAAAAAGAAUUAGAAUUGACGUAAAGUUGGAAUAAAGAAUUGGGGGACAACAAAAAGCAUAAACUUUUUUAAAACGCAUUCCCACUUGGGUUGUAUUCUCUUAAUCAUUUUCUUUUUCAAAUCCAUAAAGAAAGUAAAGAAAAAGCAAAUCAAAACAAAACAAAAAUGGCUGACCUUGAUCGAACCAGAAACCAACUGCCUCUCCUCCAGCAGCACAAAGAGAAGCAUUUCACCGCCGGCGAGAUCGUCCGCGACAUUAUCAUCGGCGUCUCCGACGGCCUCACCGUCCCUUUCGCUCUCGCCGCCGGCCUAUCCGGUGCCAAUGCUUCCUCUUCCAUCGUCCUCACUGCCGGAAUCGCCGAGGUCGCCGCCGGCGCUAUCUCCAUGGGACUCGGCGGAUACUUAGCGGCGAAAAGCGAGGCGGAUCAGUACAAGAAGGAGCUGAGGAGAGAAGAAGAGGAAAUCGUUUUAGUUCCUGAUACUGAAGCUGCAGAAGUGGCAGAUAUUUUGGCCCAAUAUGGAAUAGAACCACAUGAAUAUGGGCCUGUUGUUAAUUCUCUAAGGAAAAACCCCAAAGCUUGGGUUGAUUUCAUGAUGAGGUUUGAGCUAGGAUUGGAAAAGCCAGAGCCAAAAAGAGCCAUACAAAGUGCCCUAACAAUUGCCAUCUCCUACAUCUUGGGAGGGUUAGUACCCUUAAUUCCUUACAUGUUUUUCCCAAAAGCCUCAGAGGCUGUUGUUGCAUCUGUUGCCUUAACUUUGGUGGCACUCUUAGUUUUUGGCUACGCCAAGGGUUACUUUACCGGCAAUAGACCCGUCACGAGCGCCAUCCAAACCGCCCUCAUCGGAGCCAUAGCAUCAUCGGCCGCCUUUGGCAUGGCCAAGGCUGUCCAACCGCGUCAACCCUAAGGGUUAUUCAUAUAUGUUGCAUAUAUUAUCAAAGUAAUUUACUAUCUUCAAGUAUUGUGUAUACAUAUAGAAAUAAGAGCUCAUAACUUAUGAAUAUAUGCAUGUGUCUUGUACGUACACUGAAAAACCUUUCCGUAGAUGAUAAUUUGUAUUUGCAUUCAAAUGCAGAAUAAUGAUCA